GCAAAUAGACCAGGCUGUUAAGUUGUUACACCCGAGGAUUGUCGCAUUGAGGGAGCCAGUUUUACUGCUUGUUUCAAAAUACUGGAGAGCUUUGGGAUAUCCAGAAUCCGAAGCCACGGGUGAAGUUACUCAUGGAGAAAUUUGAGAGAUGUAGCAGAGGCAUAGAGGAUCCUUCAAACAGUCGACCCCUCAAAAUCCCGAGACAAGACAUCCCCAAAGGAUUACAGACAAGGAAAGCAGUACUUGAGAAAUUUACAAAUAAAGGAUAUACUGCGUUUUGUCCAGGACCCAGUGGUGUUCACAAACCUGCUCAGCCUAAGCCUCCUCUGGCAGUCAAGCCUUCAAGUGAUGAUAAACCAGAGAAAGAUCCAAACCCACCACAUUUAAACCAAGUGGCACAAAGGUUUGGUGUUCAGCUUCAGCCCACUAACAGAGGAAAUGAUGAAAAAGCUGGAUGCACUAAACUCUCUAUCAAAACCAGUGACCCGUCAAAAGAGGACCCAAAGCCUUUGAACCCAAAACCUGCAUGGAACAAGUUCCUUGCUCCUCCUGAUAAAGAAAAAAAUCCUCUAGGAUCAAAACCUAAUUUAAAUUUUCCAUCACAGGAGAAUGAGGCAAAACUGGAAUUCUCAAAAGUAGCUGCAGUUAAGGAAAAAUUAAGGUCUGCAACACAAGAAAAUGAGCCCAAGCCUCCUGUUUCUAAGCCACUUCUUGCACAGAAACCUUCUCUAAACAAAGAGGUAUCUCAGAAGGAAGACGCCUCUAAUAAAAGUGAUUCUCUGCAAAGACAGUCUGGACCUAGAACAAAUAUACAUGCAGGCCAAGAAGCAAAAGAAAUAGGUGAAAAUAAUAACUCUGCUGCAGAAGCUCCAGGCAGUACUUUUCCUAAAAUAGCUCUGAAGCCUACUGGCCUCAGGUCCAGCUUAUCAAAAGGAACUCCCAAAACUGUGGCAGAAAACACUGAAGAAAAGGGAAUGAGUGCUGCCAAGAACAUCUUCCUCAAGAAAAUCACCGAGGAAGAAUCAGGUUCUUCUCAUAAAUUCCGUAAGAUGAAUACGGCGCUUGCUGCAGGAAGACCAUCAGGUGAAUCACAAGAGGAUGAGAACAGGAGUUCUAGAAUGCCCAAGCGGAAAAUCUUGCCGCCAGUGGCCAAUCUGGGCCAGCCCCCAAAAAAGCCCAGCAGACCCCCCUCUGUGAACCUGGAAAAGUUCCUGAAGAUCCACCAAAAAUUCAGUCCUAAAAAUGAAGGUUUGAAACAGAAAACACUUUCCUCAGCAGCACUUGCCCCACCGAUACCUCCAUCACACGCCGCUGUGCCGCCUCCUCCACCAGCCUUUCACCCAUCCCUGCAGGUGCCAGCAGCUCCCAGUCUGCCUCCCAGAAACAUCAAGCCCAGCUCUGAAACAAUAAACCUAGAAAAUGAAGAAAAUUAUGAUGACGUUGAAUUUGUUUCACAGGGUCAUGGAAAUACACAGAGGGGUCAAGAAAGUGAUGGAGAGAUGUAUGAAGACAUUCAUGACAUCAGAUCAUCAAGGGGAAAAGAGAAGAAGUGGGACAAAGAAGAUAAGAGAAGACUGGACCAAGAGAAGAAAGAACAAAAGGAAAAAGAAAAGAAAGAGCAUGAACUGAGGAAAAAGUUCAAAUUAACAGGGCCCAUUGAAGUCCUUCAUCAGGCACGAGCUUGCGUUGACCACAAGGGAGGGAGGAAUGAACUGACUGUCAAACAGGGGGAUAAGAUUGAAAUCAUUCGCCUCACAGACAACCCAGAAGGAAAGUGGCUGGGCAGGAUAAAAGGAUGCUAUGGAUACAUUAAAACAACCAUGGUGGAGAUUGAUUAUGAUUCUUUAAAAAGAAAGCAAAAACCAUCUACCAGAGCUGCUAUGAAACAUACAGAGAGUGACCAAGAAACAUAUGAUGAUGUUGGAGAGCAGGACAGUACUAGCAGUCAAAGUGGUGACCAAAGUGGAGGUGGAAAUUUGUUCCCAUCUCCUCCUUCUGAUCAAGACAUUUAUGAUGGAAUUGAUGAUGAAGAUGCUAUGGCUAGGUCUGUAUCGCAGGAUGAAGAUAAGAAUGGUAUCUGGCCCUGGGGAAUCUUGAAGAGACUAAAGGUCAAAGAUGGCAAAAAGAAAAGUGUACGAGAAAAAACAGCCAAAGUCAAUGAGGCAGAAGAAAAUGAAAAUUUGUUCAUGCAUUCUUCAACAAAGCAGUCUGGAAAAGAUUAUGGAGACAAUGUUUAUGAUGAUGUAGAUUCUUCAGACUUCCCUGCUCCGCCACCUGAUUCCAGUUCAUCAAAAUCAGGAAGCUUUGGAAAACCUAAGUCAGAUGAAAAAGAUGCACAAAAGCUCAAGAAGAUGGAAAAAGAAGAGAAAGAGUUCAGAAAAAAGUUCAAAUUUGAUGGUGAAAUAAAAGUUCUUUACUCUACAACCACUGUCCAGGAUUUAUCGCAGAAAAGAUGGGGAUAUAAAGACUUGCAAAUUAAACCAGGGGAAUCUCUUGACAUUAUUGAAAGUACAGAUGAUACCAAGGUCCUCUGCAGGAAUGAAGAAGGAAAAUAUGGCUACGUUCUGAGAAGUAAUUUAGUUCAGAAUGAUGGAGAGAUUUAUGACGACAUUGGUGACGAUUGCAUCUAUGAUAAUGACUCUGAUGCUGCAUGCUCUUGAAAUAACAACUUCAUGGAAGAUCAAACUCCAGUUUGGAAUCCCACUUGUGAAAGCAAGAAGAAUCACAAAUGAUGAUUGCAAGUUAAUUGGU